AUGAGCAAGUUUGAAAGUGGCAAGCCAAUUACUUUGCCAUGUGGCUUAACACUCCAAAACCGCUUGGCGAAAGCUUCCAUGUCUGAGAACAUCUCAUCUGCCCAGUCACUUCCCGAUGAAAAGAUCAAUAACUUAUAUCGACAGUGGGCCAGAGGUGGAUGGGGCUUGAUAAUUACAGGCAACGUUCAAGUCGAUGACCGAUAUCUGGGAACUUCAACAGACCUAGCUCUCAACUCAUCUCUGAGCGAUGAAGCCAUCGCCAAAUCAUGGUCUGUUUGGGCUCAAGCAUGUAAAAGUCAAGGUACAACAGCGAUCAUGCAACUCAACCACCCAGGCCGUCAAUGUCCCAUAGGUGCUGGGAAACACAGCCUCUUGACCAAGAAUCUUGCCCCAAGUGCAAUAGGUUUGAAUAUGGGUGAAGGUAUCUUGGCUAAAUCAAUCUCGAAAAUUGCCUUUGGUGUGCCGCGCGAGAUGGAUGCGCAGGAAAUAAAUCUGAUCAUCGCAAAAUUUGCCCAGGCGGCUAGGUUAGCUACAAAGAGUGGCUUUGCGGGUGUCGAGAUUCAUGCUUCUCAUGGAUAUUUGUUAGAUCAGUUUCUGUCUAAACAGACGAACUUGAGAACGGAUGGGUAUGGAGGUGAUGCAGUUGGUAGGGCGAGAUUGUUGACCGAAGUCAUUGCUGCAGUUCGCAACGUCUUACCCGUUGGGACCUGUAUCGGUGUUUUGGUUAGCGUGGUUGAAGAAAAGGACGACGAGGAUCUUCAAGACCGCCUGAGGCAGCUGGAUGCUAUUAUGGAAGCCGGUGUUGAUUAUCUUCACAUCAGCGGUGGUACAUUUGAAAAACCAGCAAUGUUCCUCAGUUCAAAAUUGGGCAAAAACGAAGAUAAGUCGGGAAAGAUGCAGCCAUAUUUCCAACCAUUCUCUCGUCUAAUUAAAUCUCGCUUUUCAAAUAUGCCCAUCAUUGUCACAGGAGGCUUUCGCGACAGAGCAAGUGUCGAACAUGCUUUAGUGUCUGGAGACGCAGACGUUGUUGGUAUUGUCAGGCCAGCUGCUGUCAACCCGCAUCUUGCCCGAUCGACAAUUCUCAACAGAGAAGUUGAUGACAAAAGUGCUACUUUCCAUCAUCGCAAGGUUGAGGCGCCGUGGGCUAUGAGACAAGUUGGUGUCACAGCUUUGAACGUGCAUAUGGACAAUGUGAGUACCUGA